UUCUUCUGUUAAAGGUUUGUUUUUUUUUUCUCUCUGCAAAACUAUGUAUCGUUCUCUUGUUAAGAUUCUGGCAAUUGAAUAUUAGAGAACAUUUCGUGUUUUAGGGUCCAGUACAGGGUUUGGGAUUCAGGAUUUUAUGUUUUAGGGUUUAUCAGAAUUGUAGCUACGAGAUGAACAAAUUAUCUCAGCCAAAUUGAAUUUUUAUGGAGUUAGAUAUUUACUUGGUAGGAUAGAAGCUGAACCGAUAGUUAGGUGUUUAGGAUGAUGCUGGUACAUAUGAUAUAGCAAAACACAUGGGAGUAGCUUUAAGAGAGGUGGGUCUAACGAGAGUCUUUGAAAUAUAUCGUAAACAGACUAGUAUCCACAGCUUCUUGUUUUGUUUGGAUUAAGUUAGGGUGUGAUUUGGGUAUACAGAAGUAGGUUAACAUAGAGAUUUACAGGAUUAGGAAGAUUUGACUAUGCCACUUAUCAAAUCUAUAUAUUUUUUUCCUAUGUUCUGAGCCUAUUUGUUUCUUGGAAUCUGUUUAAGACUAGAGAUGGAGUUGGAUCCAAAGAAGUUUGCUCAGCUUUUGGACAAAAUUGAAGCUGAAGCCGAUGAGUUUCUACUAGCUAGAAAUCAGAUGGUGGAGAAUGACAAGGAGAGGAAUGCAAACCGAGAGGCUCUUACAACACUUAGGAAGAGAGCUAGGACAACAAAGACUAGUGUUCUUUCUCCAUUCGAUUCUAUGGUGAAGGAUACACAUGGAAGCUCAACCAAACCUUUGGUUCAAGAAGUUUGCUCCACGUGUGGAUCCCAUGACUCUACUGAACCCACUUGGAUGAUGCUCCCGGGAGCUGAUCUUUUUGCUGCCGUUCCCUUUCAUGCUGUGCAUACAAUGCUUGAGAAAGAUGAAGAGAGAUUGGAGUUUGAAUCGAAGAAGUUGCAGAGCUUAGUGAAGGAGAAGGCUCUUUUCAUAUCGGAACUAGGUGCUCUUGCGGAUAGUACGUCCCCAGGCGUUAUCAGGUCGUUGGUGGCAUUAAAGGACAAACCUUUAGUUAAGUAGAAGUAGAGCAAUGCUGGAUUGACACCAACAAUGUUGUCCAUUGAUUCGUGAUAUUGAAGUUUUGAUGCCCCUAUGUUAUGAAAAAAUUCAUCGUUUCUUGUACUGUAUGUUGGAAAUUUAUAUGUUAUAUUGUUGGAUUUGCGUACAUACAUCAAUUUUGUUAUUUUGGAGCUUAGUUCGAUCUCUUACCUUGUGA